CCACGCUUGCCCGCGCGGGCGGGGCGACUAAAAUUAGUCUCAGUGUCGAUUGCAGCAGCUGACGAUGACUCAACCCCUCAUUUAAAUCAGUCACUUGUCUGCUUAUCUUCCAGCCAGCUGUUCUGUUCGCUCCACGUUCCGUCACAAAUCUUCUCAGACAACAUGACGGCAGCCGAAACGAUUCGUGUCUCCCAGAAGGAUGGCUCUACUCUGCGACUCGAGUUCGCCACGAUCGAUGAUCUGAAUGAGAUCACCGACCUGUGGUACAAUGCCUUCUCACCCGGCAUGUUGUUCCUCUGGCCAGACACCCCGGGGGUGCGCCAGUGGUGGAACGAUGCCAACCGCCACGACAUGCUCCACAAACCCAACGCGAAGUAUCUCAAGGUCGUGGACACAGCGCAGAAUGGCCGCAUUGUCGCGUACGCCAAGUGGUCGCUGGAGACCGCCGAAGAGCGCGGACGACGGUGGCCCGCGUGGCAUUCUGAAAUGGACCCAGCCUUGAUGGAUAAAUUUCUGGGCCACUUGGAGACCAACCGGACGAUGGCUGUCGCAGGUGCUCCCAAGAACUUCUAUCUUGAUAUGCUAGCGACACAUAGCGACUACCGGAAACGCGGUGCCGCACGGUUAUUGCUCGAAUGGGGAUGUGAGGUGGGCGACGAGGAGAAUGCGCACAUUUAUAUCGACGCGAGCACCGAUGGCCAGCCGGUCUAUCAGAGGUUCGGCUUUGUGAGCAAGAAUGACCCCACUGUCGAUCCGUUCGAAGUCGCGGCCAUGGUGAGACAGCCAGGGUGGAAGUCGGUUUGACCCCAACGUGUCCAGGAAUUUGGGUACUGCAGAUUAUGAGAUGGUAUAACAGCACAUUCUAGCAGUGAAGUGAUACAUAGAUAGUUUGGUCACCUUUGAGAAAGCGUGGUGCCUUCCUUACCCAGAAGGCACAUCAGAAUCCUGUUUUUGGCUAGAUUAAUGUAAGGCGUUGUGAAACCUAUACAACCCGUCAGUCAACG